UCUGUGCAGUAACACACACCCACCCAACCUCGGGAUCCACUCCACCGCUGCACUGUGCGAGCGCACGGUUUGAAGACUCGUCCCGGGACUUUGCAUUGGAUCCCGGAGUUGUGGGUAUGAGGAUAUUCCAGCGGAUACUCGUAUAUAUGCUUAUAGCGUGCGUGUUUCCUUCGGUGCAGGGAAAUGGGGAACAAUCACAGAAUGUCUACUUCCUUCCUGAAUUUGCACUUUCUCCGCAAGGGAGCUUUUUAGAAGAUACAGCAGGAGAACAGGUUCUGACUUACCGCUACGAUGAUCAGACAUCAAGGAUCACCCGCUCAGAUGAGGAUAAGGAUUCUGGCUGGGAUGCAUGGGGAUCCUGGAGUGACUGUUCCAGAACCUGUGGCGGAGGAGCCUCCUAUUCUCUAAGACGAUGCUUAAAUGGCAGGCGCUGCGAAGGGCGAAACAUUAGGUACAAAACAUGCAGCAAUGUGGAUUGUCCUCCAGACGCUGGUGACUUCCGGCACCAGCAAUGCUCUGCACACAAUGAUGUGAAGUACCAAGGGCAAUACUACGAGUGGAUUCCCGUCUACAACGACCCAGAAGCUCAGUGCGCACUCAAAUGUCAGGCCCGGGGAACAAACUUGAUCGUGGAGCUAUCACCCAAAGUGCUCGAUGGAACCCGAUGUAACACUGAGUCUCUGAAUAUGUGCAUCAGUGGAAUUUGUCAGGUGGUGGGCUGUGAUCGGCAACUCGGGAGUAAAGCCAAGGAAGACAACUGUGGAGUUUGUGCCGGCACUGGCUCAACAUGCAGGCUUGUUCGAGGACAGUCCAAAUCACACGCCUCUCCCGAAAAAUUGGAAGACACAGUGAUUGCAGUUCCAUAUGGGAGUCGCCACGUGAAAAUCACCGUGAAAGGACCAGCCCACCUCUAUAUAGAAUCGAAAACUCUCCAGGGACAUAAAGGAGAGCACAACCUAAGUGCUUCCGGUGUAUCUGUCAUUGAGAACAGCACUGUCGAGUUCCAAAAAGGUUCAGAUAAGGAGGUUCUCAAGAUGAAAGGUCCACUUGGUGCAGAUUUUAUUAUUAAGACUCGGUAUGUUUCUUCGAGGGACAGCGUCGUCCAAUUCAUGUUCUAUCAGCCCAUCAGCCAUCAAUGGAGAGAGACCGAUUUUUAUCCAUGCACUGUCACUUGUGGAGGAGGUUACCAGCUUAGUUCUGCCGAGUGUGUGGAUAUACGCUCUGGCCGAGUUGUUCCUGAGCACUCCUGCAAUUACUAUCCGGAAAAUAAAAAACCCAAGCCCAAGUUACAAGAGUGCAAUAUGGAUGAUUGUCCUUCUAGUGAUGGCUUCAAGCAACUUGCAAUUUAUGAUCAUUUUCAACCACUUCCACGCUGGGAGAGCAGCCCUUGGACAGCGUGUUCGGUUUUCUGUGGAGGUGGAAUACAAACACGAAGUGUCCCUUGCAUUGAAGAGAACAUGUAUGGUGAAAUCAUCCCUGUGGAAGAAUGGAAGUGCAUGUACGCCUUUAAACCUCCAGUCAUUCAAAGCUGCAACCUUUUCGACUGCCCUAAGUGGAUUGCCAUGGAAUGGUCACCAUGCACAGUAACCUGUGGCCGAGGUCUGCGUUAUCGAGUUGUAUUGUGCAUAGACUACAGAGGACAGCAUACAGGAGGUUGUAAUGCUCAACUCAAGCCUCAUAUAAAGGAGGAGUGCACUGUGCCAAUUCCGUGUUAUAGAACUAAAGAAAAACUUCCUGUGGAAGCUAAAGUCCCUUGGAUUAAACAAGCACAGGAAAUGCUGGAAGUGAUCGCUGUAUCUGAGGAGCCAAAGUUCAUUCCUGAACCCUGGUCACAAUGUAGCACAUCAUGUGGAGCUGGCAAGCAAGUGCGAAAAGUGACAUGCCGUGUUCUGCUUUCAUUUUCCCAAACAGAGGAGGAGCUGCCGGAUGAGGAAUGUGAGGAGGAUAAACCACCCACCGAGCAAACGUGCUACCUAGCACUGUGUGACGGUGUUACUGCUGCACUUGACUCUGAGGUGGCCUACAAUAGUCCUGACAAUGAUAAGAUAGGCGGACAGUUUGACUGGGAAUAUGAAGGUUUCACCCCAUGCUCAGCUUCCUGUUUGAGAGGGGAACAGGAAACCAUCGUGGUAUGUCGUAAUAAGCAAACACAAGAGAGUGUAGAUGAGAGUCUGUGUGACAACUUCAAGCGUCCUCCGCGUAUGGUUCGUGUCUGUGGUACAGAACCCUGUCCAGCCAGAUGGGGCACAACAUCGUGGAAACAAUGCAGUGCUACUUGUGGAGUUGGAAUACAAACGAGGGAGGUUUUCUGUAGUCGUGUGGUGUCACACCUCACCGAGGAGUCCGUCAGAGUUGCCGUCGAGGAGUGUUCAGAUCCAAAGCCCCCGGAAGUUCAGGCCUGCAAUCAGUUUGAUUGUCCUCCAUCGUGGCAUAAAGGGGAAUGGCAGCCGUGUUCUCAUUUAUGUGGAGGCGGUUUACAAUUUCGUAAAGUCCAAUGCAAGCAGCUUUUGACUGAUGGAAGUUCUGUAACCCUUGCUGAUGAUCUUUGCCUUGAUCAGAAGCCUCAGUCGCAACAAGUGUGUGGUAACGUUGACUGUCCACCACGUCUGGUAUUGGGGAAAUGGUCCAAGUGUUCCGUAAGAUGCGGUGAGGGAUCCCAGCGCAGAGAUUGGGUUUGUCGGAAACUCACUGCAGAAAGACAGCAGGUGAUAGUGCCCCGUGCCUUAUGCAGUGAGCCCUCCAGGUCUCCGGUAGUUCAGACCUGCACCAUGCCUGCCUGUAAUAAGGUUAGAAAGGACAAAAAAACAAAUGUUUCUCAAAAGCAAGUUAUUCGUGAUCCGCAAAUUCUGGCCAUCCACAGAGUGUACAUUCAAACCAGACAAGACAAGCGCAUUCACUUUAACGUCGGUGGUCGGGCCUACCUCCUUCCAAAAACCUCAAUCGUGAUUAGAUGUCCAGUGAGAAGAUUCCAGAAAUCACUGAUCAAAUGGGAAAAAGAUGGCCUCCAUCUGCAAAAUACAAAACAAAUUGGAAUUACUAAAUCAGGAUCACUGAAAAUUCACAGUCUUGAAGCAAAGAAUAUUGGCAUUUAUAGUUGCAUUGCAGGUCCUACUCGAGAAUCUUUUGUCCUCAAGCUGAUUGGUAAUGACAACAGAUUAAUUGAACCACCCGCUUUCAACAAUGCUAAGACAAGACAAAAUAUUGGGCCAGAGAAGAUGAGCAACAACAAAUCCAACAGACUGGAAGAUAAAUGGUCUCAAUUAACUAAGAUGUGGCAAAGUUGGAGCAAAAAGAAUGAAUUAUAUGUGGAUGACGGCCAAUCAAAUGAUCAAAUUUUCCUGCGCCUUCUUGGCAAUCACUUGUUUUCAAAAAGAAAAGCUAGCUUUGCAGAAUUGUUUGACUCUCAGGCACUUUCUGAUAAACAUUAUGAAGGCUCUGUAUCCCAAGGAGCUUAUAGUAUGGAUGCCAAACAGUUUGAAGAGAUCCUACAAAAUAUAAGUUUGAGGAUUGAGUCUGGUGAAAUACCUGAAGAUUUUGCGUCACAGCUGAUACAUCAAUUAGCAGCUGAAGUAUCUAGACCACAACCAACUGUGGAAAAGUGGAAAGUCUCUCCUGAUGAUAAUGCAUCAAACUCCAAAUUAUUAGAUAAGCCUCCUAAUACAUCUGAUGCUUCAGUCAAUAAGGAUGUACUUCAACAAAGGAAGAAGCGCAAGCCUCCUGUUAUUCUGAGAAAAAAGCAAGCUUCUGUUCUGCCUCAGAAAAAUGUUCAUGUUACAGUUGGAACACUAGCAUACCUGGCAAACAGCACGUCAAGUGUAACACUCGUCUGUGAAUCUAUCGGAAACCCUGAGCCAGAGGUUUCCUGGACAAAGGAUGGUGUGGCAGUGACACUUAAUAAAAGGGUACAAUUGCUGGAUUCGGCAAGACUUCAAGUCCAGAAUGUCACAAGGCAAGAUGCUGGUCUUUAUGGAUGUACGGUAACCAAUGAACUAGGAACAGAUACUGAGGCCUCAUUACUAUUGUAUUCAGAAACCCCUGCCAUCAAAUUUUCCAGGAGAAGUAUCAUAAACCUUACAACGUGGCACAUAACAGCUGUUGUUGGAAGUGAUUUAUUGGUCAGACUUGGGGCAACAGUAAUCAUUGAUUGCCCAGUUGAAGGUGUCCCUGAACCAAAGAUUAUUUGGCAAAAAAAAGAUGUUCUGUUAGGAAACAAUUCUGUUCAAUUUCAAAAUGGAUCUCUGGCACUGGUAAAUACUACGCUUGCAAAUCAAGGAAUGUACACUUGUACGGCCAUAAAUGAAGUUGGAGAAGCAACUGUGUCAACAGUCAUUAAUCUAACUGAGCCAGGAGCCGCGGCACAGACUGUGGGAUUCCAUCAAAACAAAGGGAAAAAACAUGUCUUAAUGGCAUCAAAGCUUGGCACUCCAGUUACAGUUAAACAAGGGAACGUGUUACGCAUGGGCUGUCCAACAGUUGCCAAGGACAAAAUGACCAUUCGCUGGUAUUUCAAGAAUCAAUCCAUCCACACUGUCUCAGAACUUGAAUACAAAAUACUCGCCAGGGGACGAGUCCUCGAAGUUAAAAUGGCAUUUGAGAGGCUAGAGGGACAAUACACAUGUCAGGCUUCAAACAACUUUCGAUCGAUCUCCGCUUAUGUGAAUGUGAGCUUUGUAGGUUUUAUGUGGGUACCUGGAGACUGGACCGUCUGCUCAGCAACAUGUGGCAAUGCUGGAACCCAUAACAGAAAACUACUCUGCCUGAAUACAAAUGGAAUUGAGGUGAAUGAGUCGGCAUGCUAUGAGCUUCCUGAGCCGCCACUGAUAAUUGAAUCAUGCAACAUGCAGGAUUGUCCGGCCAGGUGGGUCACGGCCAUAGCGUCGGAGUGUUCGGUCUCAUGUGGCAGAGGAGUUCGGCAGCUCAGAGUGAGAUGUGAGCAGAUGACAGCCAAUGGAACCUUGAAAAUUUUACCUUCAGCACUUUGCGCAGAAGAACAACCUCCAAAUGAGGAGGCGUGUUUAUUACAGCCAUGUGCAAUGUGGGAGAGUGCACCUUGGGGAGAGUGCUCAGGCCGUUGUGUGGGUCUCAGUGUUGCUGUCCAGCACCGCCAAGUUGGAUGCCGCUUUACAAAUGGAACAUCAGCUGCAAAGUCCACUUGUGAGAAAACAGAGAGGUGUGCAGUGAAGCACAUCCUAGCGUGCUAUAUCACUGGUAUGGAAACUGCAUUAUGGCAGAUAGGAUGGCUGUACAACAGGCCUGCUUCCGCAAGGCAAUGUAAAUCAGACCGAUGUAAUGUGCGCUGGAGAGCGGGGCCAUGGAGACAGUGCGCAGCAUCAUGUGGAAGUGGUUUCCAGUCUCGUCAAGUAGCCUGUGUCCACAACAGAAGCAACAAAGCAGUGGCGGAUCAGUACUGUGGAUGGCAGAGGCGGCCAAUCACGUGGCAACAUUGCAAUCUGACUUCCUGCAACACUUCUGACGGAGACUGCACGGACACAAUGCGUUACUGUGCACUUGUGAAGCGCCUGAUGCUGUGUCAUCUGAGCACCUACAAACAGAGAUGCUGCGAUUCCUGCAGAUUGCUGUAAUUGACAAACACCACUGUUUGCCGGGUCGUAAGACUGUGAAUCGAUCUAUAGAGAACUCCACGUAGAGGAACUGAAUGCAGUACAUCGAAUGCAAGCUGACCAGAAGGAUAUUUUAAUUGUUGUAAAUCUGCUUGUACAGAAUGCACAGAAGUUUCUUUGCUAUUCAUUAUGUUAGUCAAAUCUGUAGCAGCUGAUUCUUAGAGAAAGAGUUGCUCAUCUGUUCUGUUUUACCAUCUAAUAUGGACUUGUUAUGCCAAUGUAUUCUCCGUCAUGAAAGAUGUGUGCUUAGGUUGUAUUGCAGAAGCUGCUAUGUGAAUAAUUGUCUGCCACCAGUGGAGAAAACUGUUUUUAAACAUCCAGGUGGUCUUACUUUACAGCUUUACGGUGAAGGCAGGUUAAAAUUACAACCUACGUGAGUUAUGCUUACAACCUAGAUGAUGAAAAGGCACCGCAGACUCGCUGGGCCGAAUAGCCUAAUUCUGCUCCUAUCUCUUCUGGUCUAUGGUCUUAUGAUUAUUGGCAAAAAUUUUUGUUAAUUUAAAUCACAGCUUUUCACAUCUGAUUGUUAUUGUUUGGAUCUGUGGACAAAAAUGGGCAUGAAAGUAACGUAUUUAGUAGUUCACAUUUUUAACUUGUAGAUGGAUCUAGUGACAGCAUUUUUACACUAAAGAAUCUCUAUUUCCAAUGCAAAUCCCAUAUCUGAAGGAAAUGGCCAACUCAGCCUAUGCUGUUUCAAAUAUUAGCAGAGUUAAAGCAUUGAAUUUACUCUGUUAUUCUUGAUUAUAAGGAGAUAAAAGGUCAGCUGAAGUUACACAGUGAAGGGGGGAAAUACUUAAAGUGCCUUCUCACUGAUCACCAUUUACUUUGACUGCUGCAAUGCAUUUUUGACACAAGUCAGUCAUAUUAGGAAGUUGACCCCACUUUGCAUGCCAAGCAUCGAACAACAUUUCUUCUGGAAUCAAUAAGAUCAAUUUAAUGAAGAGAAGGACGUUGUUCAAAAAAAAUUUACAUUUAAUAAUUGUAGCAUGUAAAUAGUGACAAGGACAUUCUAAAUUACAUUGGCUAUAGAAGGAAAAAUUCAAACAAAUCCCUGCCUCUGGAAAAUCUCAACCAAUUUCAGAUUUACUGCUAACAAUUGACCUUUCACUUUUAAACUAAAAUUGCUGCUGAGAGUUGGUGCCUCACCUUUACAUUGGCAUGUAAAGCAUUCAAUUCACCUCUCUAAGUAUGUUAGAAUCCAAGUCUGGGAGACUGCUUUCAGCUCAGUUCUAAAACCAGAGGCAGAAAGCAGCCCUUGAAGUAAUUUAUAUCUGAGCAUCUCACAAUUUCAGUACAAUUCUUGCAAUAAUUCCAUAUGGAUAAAAAUAUUUAACUAUAUUCACCAUGCCCUAACCAUAUUAAAUCUGCAUUGGGCCAGUGUAUUCCUAACAGGAUACAGGUUCGACCAGAGGUGCAAGGCUGUAAUAUCCUCUGACUGUUUCAGGUUGGUAAAACUCCUUAUCCAGCCGUUAGACUAGGGAUCAGUUUUAGCAUAAUGGACCCCAAUCCCUUGAUGACCAAAUCAGCUCCACUGGUCAAACUUGAGAUCCCUCCAACUUUUCCUGUCUACACUCACCAUAACCAUAACAGCUUCCACUCUGAUGACAUCAUCUACAAAACAAGUAACGAUGAGACAAGCUAAUCUCUCACAGCAAUAUCAUCCAACAUCAUAUCAGAGAGCUGGAAGCGCAGGGGAGUCAUCCUCUCCCUGUAUUUCAACUAGACUGUAGACAGGGGAAUGCAAGUUUCCUGUUUAGGGAUCGACCGUCCCCGCUUUAUCACCAGAAUAUAAAUAAAACAGUAGUGUUCUUGGGAAGGUGUCGAUAAUGAAAUCUCUACUCAUUCCAUCAAGCAGGAUGUUCUGAGAGAGCUUGUUCAAGAUUAGUGUCGAGUAAUAUCAAGGAAUGGAGUUGGUCUAAAAUAGAUAUAUCUAAAAUAGAUAUAGAUGGGAUUAAGCCUUGCCUGCAGAAUAUUUUUACCCCGUCUCCCAAACACAAAAGAGAGAUGAUCAUUAGAAACACCAAAAUUUUUCUCUUAUUUGAUGAAGUUAAAAGCAAUAGUUUUGUUCUUCCAGAUCAUAUAAAAUUAGGCUUUCUUACUGAGAUUAACCUCAAGACCAGGUUUUAUAUAAAAACUCUCCAGCACCUUGAGGAUUUUAAAAUGUCCUAGCAGGAAUCACUCACAAGGACCAGUGAAGGAACUCACAAGGGAGGAACACAGCAGAUCAGGCAGCAUCAAUGGAAGAGAAUGAACAGUCAACAUUUCAGGCUGACACCCUUCCUCAGGACCUUCAAUAAAUCAAUGAUUACCAUAGCUGGGUCUUUAUGAUUCUUCUCAGUCCCCUUUCAUUAAAGUGUUCAACUUAGCAAUACUUUCAGUACAUCAGUGAGUGGCUGUGACAAAUACCUUCUGACAAUGAUUUAAAAUGAGUGAAUCCAUCAGCUUCUCAGCCAGAAUUUUUGUAAAUAACUUUAGUAAUAUUGAUCCAAUAAUUUGCAAAUUACUGUUCUAAAAUUUUAUUUUUUUCCAUGCCAUCAGAUCAUAAAGGUACAUAUUUUACAACCCUUAACCCAAGAUGAAAGCAUACAGGCUAGUAAAUUGGUGUCCAUCUUGAGGAUCUUGUCCAACCAAGAUUAUCUAGUUCUACUACUGUAUUGUUUUAUAAGCCAUUUAUCACAUUAGAAACCUUGAUUGCUGUAAAGUUUUGUAAUAAAUUAGAACCAUUGGCAGAGUCUACUUAUGUCUCCCUUAUUAUUAAUAACAGCAAGCUAGAAUUUGAAAUAGACUCUAGAUCAAUACCAAUGGGACAGUCUCUUCUGCAAGGCUGCCCGUUAAUUCUCUUGCUAAUCCUUUCUAUUGUUUUUAUACCUCUCCUGUGCCAUUGGAAAUAAACCAGACUUCUUUGUUUUAAAAACCUCCUUCCUGCUUCCUUUAAAAUCCUUAUCUCUAUUAGAUGUUAAGAGGCUUGUAACUCUCCCAAAAAUGCUAAAAUUCUUCCCCUUGGCACCAGGAUUUCUCUCAGAUUAAAAAAAAAUCCCCCUCACCCAAAAGCUGGGCAACAGAUAUCCUUUCCUUCACAGCAUUUAACGUAGAGAUCAUUAGCCAUACUGCUUCUGAGAUCAUUAGCAUCCUCAUGAAUAUUGCCAUCGUUAACACUUAAUAUAUGUAAUAUUAUCAUCAGCAGCACUGACCCUUCCCUAUUAUUAAUAUUCUGACUCUCUUUUAAUUUACAAAACUUUAGCCUCGUAUCUAAAGCCUGCUGAUUAGUCUGUGAACCAAUCAAAACAUUAAUGUUUUUCUUGCCAGCAAACCUGUGUACCAAGACCAAGAGCAGAUUGAGUUCUGGCUUGGACUGAACGGAUGCAUUCCUACCUUUCUUAACAGUCCUCUACUCAACUGAAAUAGCUAUUGAAUGAGACAAGAAAGCUUGGCCCCUAUUUUGAGUUUUAUCGUAGAUUAUCUGCUGCUAAAAUACCUAAUACUAGCAUAAUAUUAAAAACCACUCCAGCAAAUUAAACAAUACAAUUUUUUUAAAUCACCAGAUAGAUUGCCAUCCACAGCUAUAAAUCAGGGUUCAGACGGUUAAUAAUGUUUUUUUUUACUAAGAUACCAUCAUUUGAAAUGUUAAGCAAAAAAUAAAUAUCCAUUUUUAAAUGUAUAGAAGCUAAAAGCCAAGUGUAUAAAACACCAAACCCUUCACGCCAGAUAACCGCACAUUGAAGAAAACUGAGUUCCAAUAACAGAUACCCAAAAAACACAAUAGGACAAAAAUCUAACCAUCCAUAAAUAAACCUAAAUAUAUUAAUCGUCCCACUAAGAGCCGCCAGAGUAGUUUGCGGUAUGUCAAGUUUUGUACCUCUCGAUGCCAAGAAAGUCCAUCGCUUUCGAAUUCUCAGGAAACCAAGAGCCUGAAGCAGGGAUUAUAGCAUCAUAAAAUUGGAUCUCAACAAUAUUCAAAUUGCCUUUUAAAAUCGAAUCCAGAUGCGUAUACUUAUUGGAUUUUUCAGCGAAGGUGGCGCCCAAGUUCUUUUCUAAUCUAAUCAAUACAUCAAUGACAACUGUUCUUCUAUUUUUGCUAAGGAAAACAACAUCCAGAAUCUAAGCAUGCCCUAGAUCUAAAAAUCUAUUCUUUAAAAGCCAGUGAAAACAGCCGUGGCACCUCUGAAUCAUGACAUAUCUGAAGCCCUGUUAUUCCAGUGAACCUGCGAUUGCUUCGCUGCAAGGAACAGGCUGGACACGUGGCUAAGUAUUUCCCUGGCCAGCACUGAUCUCCUACUUGCCUUAACCACAUUAGUUGUGGCCAGGCCCAGUGUAUCCUAACAGGAUGCAGGCUCAACCAGCGGAGCUAAGCUGUAAUGUCCUCCCACUGUUUCGGGGUUGUAAAACACCUUAUCCAGCCAGUAGAUUGGAGGUAAUUUGUCUAAGAAUGGGCCCCAAUUCUUGGAUGACCAAGCUCACUCUGUCAGUUAAAACUCCAUAUUCCUCCAAUUUUUUUUCCUUUUUAUAGUUAUGCUCACCAACCAUAUCAGCCUCCUCUCCAAUUACAUCAUCUACAAAGCAAGUGGCAUUGAGACAAGUUCAUCUCUCAUAUCAGAUGUCAUCCUGGCAGCUGGAAAGUCAGACCGAUCACCAUCUCUCUUGAUUUCCUAAAUUCCUUAUCUCCAAGCUCUAGAGAGGGGAAUCUGAGUUUCCAGUUUGUGGAAUGACAGUCUCCCGUUGCUACUUCUAGAAUAUAAAAAAAGUCAUUCAUGACCUUGAGGUGUCGCAGAUAUUCUUUAAUGAAGCCUCUAUUUUUCCAAUCGAGUUUGACCAAGGCAUUCUGAGAACUGAUAGCCCUCAUUCAAGAUUAAUGAAGAGCGAAAUUGAGGGAUGAUGUAGGACUAAAAUAGUUCAGCCUAAUAGGUGGGCUUAAGCCUGCCCACGGGAUAUAUUUCUACCCCACUUCUCAAGCCCACUAGACCAAUCAUCAUCAAAAAGUCAAUUCUGGACCAACGUACUACUUUUCCUGCUUUCCAAGUUCAAUAUAACUAAUUUUUCCCAUACCAGGUAUUGAUGGAGCUAAAAUUCGAAGUUUUAUUUUAAUACUUCAUAUAAAAUCCAGCAGUCUUACUGAGAUUAACCUCAAGGUUGGUGUUUUUAUAAAAACUCUGUAGAACUAUGACCUGGUGAUGAUCACUCAUUGGCCAUUUCAUCAGCAAAAAACAGGUAUAUCUUUGUACCGAGGUGGAAUCUCAACCCAUCGCUAAUGACCAUAAAAGGAUGUUCAUAAAUAAUAUAGUGGAAAGCAGGUCCUUCUGCUUUAACCCUCGAUGUAGAUAUGGAUCCAUUUGGAUUUUACAUUCUCAGUAGGAGUUCAGGAAUCUGUAUACAUGUAUGUAAUGAGGUCGACAAAGUGGGUAUCAGUGCCCCUCUUGCCCAAGGCUUUAACAAUAAGUUUGUGGCUGAUUUAUCAACACUUUUGAUAAAUCAACAAAUACCACAACCAGAACUUUGUGAUUCUUUUUGGCCCCCUUCAUUAAAUUUUUCAGCAUAGCAAUUUCAGUGAUAUUAAACCCCAAAUAAUAAUUUUAAAAUAUCAAAUGUUAACAUUUUUUUGAAAAGGUAAUAGACACCGUAGAGUGAAUUGAUUCAAAACAGCCAGUUCCUUUAGUGAUAUCAUUCAGACGUUACCUGGAAAGAAAUCAUUACUUUUCCUGUUGACUCUGUAAUUUUAAACAUUGGACUUGCACUUAGAGUUGCUGAAAUGAAACUUUCUUUCCUUCAAAGUAAUAGUAAAACUAUUUUCUUGUAAUAAAUUGAGUAAUGAACUCACAAAAAGCUCAGAUUUCAUUUAUUUAUAAUGUGUUAGCAUAGCCGAUAGUGUUUACUUUUUGUAUGUUGCAGUUUCAGCUAAUUUCAUUCUCAAAAGGUUCCUCGUUCUCCUAAAGCCAAGGGUGCAGUUUAUUAGAUCCAAUGCUCCCUAGCACUGUUCCUGCACUGGUGAAUCACUUGUACUCGUGCUUUUCUCUUUGAUCUUUUUCCCCUGGUGGAGUUGUACUUUCCGGAAUAUUUCUCCGCACCCACUUCCCCCCAGUCACUCCAGCUGACUUCAAAAGCUUGCUACGUAUAAAAGUUAGUGUGGAUCAGCGAUCAUCUCGACAUGUCUUCUGUAUCUGAGCAUGUACAGGUAUCUGAGCAAACUACUAUUUUAAUGAUAUAUUAUAACUUUAUAUUUCAAAAUACUCAUACCAACUCAUGUUUUUCCUUAGAGCAUUGAUUAAUGCAUAGCCCCACUGAGCUUUACUAACAUUCAUUUCUGGCUGCUAUUAAGAUGACAGAAUAUUUUCAUAAGAGUUAAAUCAAAUGUGAAAUGCAAAUUUUAAAGUAAAAUGGCAGCAAAAAAUAUUUCUGCAUCCAAAUUUCUAUGAAGUAUCAAGCCAGCCCUGAGCAGCUCUGUCAAUGGUUUAAUGUACAGAGCUGAUAUUGCCACUGAUGUUAUAAUGCAAUACGUCUUGAAAGAAACUCAUUACUAUAAGUAAUGAGUUCAAGUCUUCAUUUUGAGUUUUUACUUUUGCGACUCAAUGCGUCCUUGAGAGCUUUCUUGAAAUCAAUUACAGACAAGAAUUCAGAAUAUCCCGCUGCAUUUUAAUUUGGCUCAGUAAGUAGCAUUCAAACUCAACCAUUUUCAUUCUCAUCAAGGGAUAAAGGCAAACCAUAAAAAAGUAUUUCAUUGCCAAUUACCAAAAUAAAUACAACUCCUGAUAAAUUAGAGGAAGUAUCUGCAAAGAAUUAUAUACUAUUCUGGUAAAUAUAUGGCCACAUAAAUAAUAAUGUAUUACAUUUCAGUUGAACAAUCUAAAUGAGAAGAGCAAUAAUUUUGCUGAAACUCAGUUGGGAAAUAGUAAACUAUGUGUUCAGCAGUAAGGCUAAUCUUUUAUUUGAGAAUAACAGUAUUAUAGGCAGUGGCAAAUACAAUUUGUACACAUUUGUGCCUCCAAUUAUGUUAAUGUAUACAGCUGUUCUAAGUUGGUCUUUUCCCAGAAUAGGAUACAAGGUACUUCGGAGAAUACCCUGUGAUGUUACAUUCUCCAAAUCGCUAAUGGGUCUUGACCUUUUAAAAAAAGGUUGUGCAUAAAUUAAACAAAUUAUUGUAACAUAUUACUUGUACAUAUUUAUUUUCUGUUAUGAAGUGCAAUACUGAAUAAUGUACAUUGUGAUUUAUAAAGAAUAUUUUUGUUGGGACUUAUUUUUUACUACUAUAGCUUUUCUUCCAGGCUGCUUUUCUCUUCCUAUUUAAAACAAAAAUGCUCAUAACCACAUUAAGCACUUAACAAAAUCUGUAUUUUUCAGACAUACAAAUACAUAUUAUUUGGUAGUGAAAUUAUCCCUAGGUUUGGAUUUAAGAAUCAUUGCCUCAAACUGUAUUAAAUGAUAUGGGUAUCUGAAUUGCUACCUACUGGCUCUUUGGAGCCAUUAACCCUUAAAAAUCAGGCACAUGAAAAUCUGGCAACUUGGUCCUUGUUGCACAUGUUUCCUACUAGUUUGGUAAAAUUCUGUGGUGCUGAGGAGUUCACACUUUAGUGGGGCAAAAGUCCUGAAUCAGAGCACCAGCAUCUGUUGGUCUCAUUUAAUUAUGUAGACUCUCACUCCCUUCUCUCAUUUAAGUCUCCAGCGCCUCUGACUUAUAAAGAUUAUCCUUUUGCUUCAAUGUUUCCAUGUCUACACUCUCCUUUUGCCUUUACUUCACUUCAUUAUAAUUCCUCAGGUCUUCAUCAGCUUACUUGAAGAGCCUCCCAAUACCACCCUAACCUUUCCUUUGUCCCACCAUUAACAACUGCGUUUCCUCACAAAAUAUAUACGCUUAGGUUGUGUGUGUAAUAGUUGCAGCAGCAUGGUAGAAAUUGUUCUCAUUGUGGAUCCAUCAGAGUAAUGUUACCACCCAAGGCUUUGAACACCAUAAUUAUGUGUUACACUUUCUCAAUGACAAAAAUAUUGUACCAGCUCUAAGACUUGGGGGGAGAGGAAGAGUUUCGUAGGCAUAAUUGGGGCAUGGGCCUGGAUCCAGUUAAUUCUCUACGGGGCCAUGUAUUGGAUUAGCUGUAGGAUAUCAGUUGAAGUGCCUAGAGGGAAGCAGAAGAGGAGCGGAGAGAUGCGUGAGGUUGUUAAGGCAGCAUUUGGGUAAAAUGCCAUCAUUUGGUGGCAGGGAGUUGUGGGUGGCAAUUUAGUCUGUGACUGGACCGUUAACAAGGUGGACUAGUUGAAAGUCAGGGUGGGGGAGUAGUUGGCUGUUGAAGGAAGAGGAAUAUUGACAGGUGGUCAAGGUGGAGGUAAUGUGCUUGGGAAUAAAAGUGAAUGAGGUUUUGGUAGCUACAAAAACUGGUUGGUACAGGGGUUACAAAGCAUGGUCUCUCCUAGAGCAAUGUGGAUUAAUUUCUUCUGCAAUACUUAAGAGGGAAGUUACAUAAUUGGGUGUAGCCAUCAAUUCAGGCUGCUGGGAACUGCCAAGUUGAUUUUCUGGAAUGUCAUAGAACAACUCAUUGUGGCCUUUUUUCCUUGUAUGGUGCCAACAUAAGUAACGCUGUGUGACCUGCUUUCUAAUGCAAUAUCUUUUUCAAGCACUUGGCCCAUUCCUCAUUUCCAUUUAGUGUGUUGUGCCCCUCAUGUUUGCAGUACACCUCUGUGGACCUUUAGUCAUCAUUAUGAGACGAUCUCUCAUCUAAUGCUACAUUUAGGUGAAUAUUAUCCAAAAUCCAGCUGCAGCUAAACUGUUGUCUAAGAUGUCAAUGUUCGUUAUGGCAGAUUCCUUUCUUUAUAUCUUAACAUUUCUUCUCACCUCCAUGUCCCUCCCUUCUGAUGUAACCCAAUUCCCCUAAAGUUUCAUAAAAGAAUCAAUCCCCAUCCCCUCUCAACUUCAACCACCUUCAUAGUUUUUCCCCACUGUGAUCAAACACUUCCCCCCAAAUCUACUUUCUGACUUACCUCUUGUACUCUCCAGUGAAAGGUUGUGGGGAAAGGUCUUUGUGUGCAGUUGCCAAUGUAUCACAACAUGAAAGCACACCUUCCAGGUGAGUGAGUUCAUGCUGACUAUUAAGUACCCACCUACACUUUAUUCUCCCUGUAUUCUCUUCCACUUUCUCCAUAUAUUUGACAUGUGGGAGGAGAAUGGAGGAUCGGGAGCAGUUGCAGGGGAAUAUACCGUAAAAUCAGAAAGCACUGGAGUUAACUAUUGAACCUGGGUUAUUACAGAUGCGUGGUAGCUCUACGAGCUGUGCCACAGUGCCUCCAUACCUUAUGGGGAAGUUGUGUUUUGUUGUGCUUCUCACAUAGCAGAGCCUCAUCCAAAAUGAUGGACUCCCCCACCAGCCAACUUCCAGCCCAAUAGACAGUUAUUUACUCCAUAGAAGGUGCAAUGCUCUGAAGUGCCUCGCAAGUGUUUGGACCCCUCUGAUGUUACAUUAAGCAAGUUUGAGUUAUGCCUAAAGUUUCCCAAAUGGUUUUAUAGCCUGUUGCAUUAGAAACUAUGAAUGCAAAGACAUUGAAUAUUCAUAUAUUUUGUAAAACAUUUCCAGGCUUUCAAAACAGCAGCUCAUACCUGUAUUAAGGAUAUAUAGUCAUGGAAAUAAUAUUUGUGCUUUGUAUGUAAUCCAGUUUGUUGUGUGUGUGUUUUUUUAACUAUAGUUUAAUAAAAGUGAUCUGUUAACCACCAA